AUGAUAGUUAAAAAAUUAGAGAAAUUUUACCUUAAUUACAUUGCACCAGAACGAANAGAUUUCAACAGAUUGAUCUUUCACACAGAAGUGCGUUGGCUAUCAAAAGGAAAUUGUCUGACUCGUUUUUACAAUCUGUUUGAUUCUGUCAUAGAGUUCUUGGAAAACGAAGACACAGAAUUGCGCGAAAACCUCAUCACAUCAAAGAAUGAUAUCGCAUACCUAACAGACCUUUAUACAUUGCUUAAUGAUAUGAAUCUCCAACUUCAAGGCGAUGACUUGAACUUUAUUAAAACAAAAAAUGUCGUCACUGCUUUCGUAGCCAAGCUGCUCUUACACAAAAAGAAUAUCGGCAGACGUGAGUUCCAUAAUUUUCCCAAUUUAUCAGUAUCCUGCAACAACGACGACUUGCUCGUCUACUGCCAAUAUUUGGAAAAUCUUCACAGUGAUUUCAUUGAAAGAUUCCAGGAAAUUUUGAAAUUGGAAAUACCAGACUGGAUAUUAGAUCCUUUUUCAAAUGUCAACAUAGCAAUAUCACCCCAGUAG